AUGGAUGUUAUGAGUCGUGGUUGUGGUGCUCGAUGGUAUGAGAUUGUUAGUGACGACGAUUACGUCGGACAAAACUUUCCGAUCGCCGCUUCCGAUUCCAAUCAAAAGACAAUGGCAGCUUCCGGGGAUUCAUGGGUAAGGGAGUACAAUGAAGCAGUAAAACUUGCUGACGACAUCACUAACAUGAUAUCAGAAAGGAGUUCGUUGCCCACAACUGGGCCAGAAGCACAGAGACACUCAUCUGCCAUUCGGAGGAAAGUUACCAUACUUGGAACGAGGUUGGAUGGCCUACAGUCUCUUCUGUCAAAGCUUCCUGGAAAGCAACCUCUGACUGAGAAAGAAAUGAAUCGGCGCAAAGAUAUGGUUGCCAAUUUAAGGUCAAAAGUAAACCAGAUGGCUUCCACAUUGAACAUGUCAAACUUUGCAAUUAGGGACAGCUUACUCGGGCCAGAAAUUAAGCCGGCUGAUGCAAUGAGCAGAACAACUGGGCUUGACAACUAUGGUGUUGUUGGUCUUCAACGACAAAUCAUGAAAGAACAAGACGAGGGUCUUGAGAAAUUGGAGGAGACGGUUAUAAGCACUAAACAUAUAGCUUUGGCAGUCAACGAGGAGCUUGACCUGCAUACAAGACUAAUUGAUAAUCUGGACCAACAUGUUGAUGUCACAGACUCCCGACUGCAGCGAGUGCAGAAGAGGCUUGCAAUAUUGAAUAAGCGCACAAAAGGUGGAUGUUCGUGCUUGUGCCUGCUUUUAUCUGUAAUUGGGAUUGUUGUUUUGGUUGCUGCUAUAUAUAUGCUGAUCAAAUAUUUGUAA